AUGGCGGGGCCGCCCGCCCGCCCGCCCGCCCGCGCGCCGCCCUCGGAUCCCGCCCGGGGCCGCGCAGCCCCCGCCCGCGAAGGGCAGAGCCAAGCCGAGCGGGGACCCCGGGCCCCACCUUUCCCGCCCGGGACGAGGCCCCGACCACUUGGUGGUUGCCGCCGGCCAGCGGGCCCGGGUCCCCUCCGCGGGGAGACACAAGUGCGACCGACGUGGGCCGUGUCUGCCCGCUCGGGUCGCGGGGCGGGGCGGGCCGCCCUGGGAGGGGAUGAGGCCGGGGCCAGCGACAGCCUUCCCCAGCCGUGCACCCCCGCCCUGGCCUCCUGCCGCCCCCCCUGCCAUGUGGGCAAAGGCCGCAGAGACCGCCAGGCCGCCAGGCCAGAUGCCUCGCUGGCACAAAUGGAGCAACGCAAUAAGUGGGCACCCCCGGUGGAGGACCCAGAGAUGCCCGCUGCGUGGCACGGGGCACCCGGCCUCACGUCCUGCCAGGAGCAGCCCCCCACCCCGGUGCUCCCCACACACAUCAGCGGUGUGGGCCGCGUGCAGGGAGGGGGCUCCGGCCCUCCGCAGCCCCAGGAGGGGCCUGGGGUCUCCUGCCUGCCUCCCGCGCAGGCUGCUCCCUUCACCCAGAGACACUGA